CUGGGUCAGGCCGAGAAGCAAUAAAACCCAGCACUGGGGUCCUUCCCAGGAACAGGGAUGUGCAGUAGAGAAACUGGAGCAGCUUCACGUGCCGCAUUCCAGACUCCGGCCAGAUGUGAGUGAGGGAAACAACCUCGUCUGAAGUCAGAACACAGGCAGCGCCGAGGGUAGAACCCGACCAGUGAGGGACGGAGACCCGGAGAGAAUCCCGAGAAUUCCCGAGAGAGAGAAGCCGGAGCCGCAGGAAGGAUGAUCCUGGAGUCGUGCCUUUUGCUCCUGUUCUAUAAUUGUGUAGAGGGCAACUUCACCAGCAAGUGGCAGAGAGUUGUGUAUUUCCCAUCGGCACAUCGUAUCCGACGUUCCUCUGCUGAGUUGCUGAACCCUGUCCUGCAGAGAUCGGUGCCUGAAGUGGAGCUUCUGUACGAGUUUCUGCUGAGUGGGGUGAUGCUCAAUACAGACCAAGUGAUGACCCUACAGGACCCUGAAUUGUCCUCCCUAAGGAAAGCCACCACCUUCCAUGUCAUUUGCAAUGACGUCAUACCCAAGACCGUCUCUGAUAUCCGCAGGCUGGGGGCCAAACUGUCUCACGCCCAGGGGCCCCUGAAGAGGCAGGACUUUGAGAGAACCCUGCUGACCAUGGCUUACACAGCGAUGAAAACACCCAAGUCUGACACUGGCCACCAACAGAAGAUCUGGCUGGACUCCCUCACUGAACUCUUUGUGGCCCUUAGAAGAGACUUGAUGUUUCCCUACCACAAGGAAGGGGGCAGUGACCAAAAUUAAGGGGUUUUCCCCACUAUUCCUGCAUGCUGAGCUAUUACUCAAUACUCUAAUUUAUUCUACUCAAUAUAAUGGGAUUGAGGGGUAACCCUGAUCAUCAUCCAUUGGACCCCCCAGUUAAGUUUAUUAUUGGCCAAUACCAACACCCCACUUGUGACCAAUCAUAUUCCUGUGGGUGAAGUCAGGCUGAAACUUACGAAAAAUGAUCAACAGGGAGACCCUAACCCUCCCUCUCCCAACCUUGACCCAACCCAACCAACUCUGAGGUCCCUUUAAUGGGGUGGCCAGAGUAUAUAAAUAUAUGACGGCCCCGUGACUGGAGGAGGAAUGCCAAUGGACUGGGGCUUGGGUGGGGUGGGCUGUGGGGGCACCUUACCCACUAGAAACACACCUGUUAGUAAACCCUGUGGUUAUAGGCCAACCCACCCUAAUCUACUCCAUAGUUACAAGGUUUGCUCCAGGGCCACCAUCAGGUAGUUACAGGGGGUUCUCAAGUCAAGCACCCCAAGAAAUGCAAAGGUCAAAUUUGAAAACCACCAAAGGGUUGGCCUUGUGGAUGAGUGGGUGGAGUUUGGGUGGGGUGUUAGUGCUUCAUUGGAUGUGGUUGGGAUGAAUUGAGGGCAUGGCCAGGAACACAAUUAAUUAGGGUUUUUUUUUUUCUAUUUGGGCCCCAUUCGUAGGGCCCACCUCUUAGGGAACUCAGGGAUUUGAUUGAAUAAUUACCUGAGCCCCCUGGGGGAUAACCCUACAAACUAUGUUACUGGGCCAUUUUAGUGCCCCAAAAUAUUAGUACGUUCACCUAUUUUACCAAUAUACACAUGUGUUAAAAUUGCUCAUUAAAGCAUAAGUAAACCUUAAAGGAUAAGUAAACUU